GUCGAACUGUUUAGCGGGGUUUAAGGCUGUAGGGUUCCUGCGUAUUCCCAGAUUAUCAGCUAUUACGUUCAUGGCGGGAGCUCAAAAUCAGCCGAAUAACAAGAAGACCAAGAAGAAGAAGCCAUCCUCUGAAAUCGAAUUUCAGUUAAACCUCAACUCUUGCUCCAAAGACAAGGACUUGAACGGCGCAAUCGCCCUCUAUGAGGCCGCAACCUCCCAAAACCUCCGCCUGAAUCUACAGCACGUCAACUCCCUCCUCUACAUAUGCUCCAACUGCGUCGCCUCAGACCCUUCCCUGAAGCAAUCAGCGAUCCAGUUCGGUUUCCGCGUCUACGAUCACGCGCUGUCCUCCAACAUCAGCCCCAGUGAGGCCACCGCCACCGCCGUUGCUCGGCUCGCCGCGGCAAAUGGGGAAGGCGAUCGCGCUUUUGCAUUGGUUAGGUCCAUGGGGGAGCAUGGUAUUCUCCCCAGGCUGCGCACAUAUGAUCCCGCCUUGUAUUGGUUCUGCGACAACUCCGAAGCAGAGAAGGCCUAUGAAGUCGAGGAGCAUAUGGCUAGUGCGGGAUUGACCCCGGAGGAGCCCGGGCUCAUGGCUUUAUUGAGAGUAAGUGCUGAGGUGGGCAGAGACGAGAAGGUUUAUGAGUAUCUGCAUAAGCUGAGGAACUGCGUCCGGUCUGUUAGUGAAGCGACUGCAAAGGCAAUCGAGGAUUGGUUUCGAGGAGAGAGGGCUUGUGAAGCUGGUAAGGUGAAUUAUGAUGUGGGCCGCUUGAAAGAUUCAGUUUUGAGGAACGGCGGAGGGUUUCACGGGAUGGGGUGGGUCGGCAAGGGGAAGUGGAAUGUGAGGAGAGGACGUGUGGAUGAAUCUGGAGUUUGUGAAUGUUGUGGGGAGCAGCUGGCUUGUGUAGAUAUUGAUGAUGUGGAGACCGAGAUGUUUGCGGAUUCUGUGGCUGCAUUGGCCAUGGAAAGGGAGGCUAAGGCCAAUUUUAGCGAAUUUCAGGAUUGGCUCAAUAAACAUGCUGAUUAUGAAGCUAUUGUUGAUGGAGCAAAUAUUGGACUCUACCAGCAGAAUUUCUCAGAUGGAGGUUUCUCUGUUCCUCAGCUUGAAGCGGUGGUGAAAGAGCUCUACAAUAGGAGCGGAAGCAAAUGGCCACUUGUUGUCUUGCACAAUAAACGCUUCCGAGCUCUCCGGGACAAUCCUUCCCAUAGGAAGCUGCUGGACGAAUGGAUAGACAAGGGAGUCUUGUAUACGACCCCUGGUGGAUCGAAUGAUGAUUGGUACUGGCUUUAUGCUACCGUGAAACUGAGAUGCCUUAUCGUGACAAAUGAUGAGAUGCGAGAUCACAUUUUUGAGCUCCUGGGAAGCAACGUCUUCCUCAAGUGGAAGGAGAGACAUCAAGUCCGUUAUACUUUCACAAAAGGAAGCCCGGUGCUUCUUAUGCCACCUCCAUUUUCUGUAGUCAUUCAGGAAUCAUGCAAAGGAUCAUGGCAUGUGCCCAUCUUGAGCGACAACAAUGAGGAAACCGCAAUAUCUUGGCUUUGCAUUACAAGGCCGAGCUUCAAUGGAGUCCCAUCAAAUCCUGACUGUUGCAGAAAUAACCAAAAUGGCGUCAAUUCAAUGGCUAUCACCGGUAAAAGAAAAGAGAGAUCUCCGUCUCCCGUGCAUUGACAUUUCUCAGAAAGCUAGUUAUUGAGACGAAAAGGAAAAAAGGGAAAAAAAUCAGUGGGCACAAUGCCCUUGCUCGUGGAUUUCUAGUUCUCUCUCUUUUUUUCUUUUUUUCAGUCAGAAGGGAGGCUAUGAGUCGAAGGAGGGGAUAGCGGAAGAGAAAUUGAACUUGGAACCUCUGUUGGGCUGAGAUGGAUUUUUCUUAUUACACCAUGUAAUGUAAUUCGAAACUAUUAUUGGCAAAUUGAAGAUGAGCUAUUACCCAGCAUCCUCAUAAUCUCUUGGGUAAUCCA